CCUUCCUAGUUAACCUAUUACAACAGUCCGCGAUAGUCUAACACGUUGUUUGUCUGUGGUACAUGUGAGAGAGUGACAGUGCUGGCCACUUUAAGGUGAGUGGAACGAUAAUCCCUCCCUUAUAAGCCUGGGUUUAAUGAGAUUUGGGAGUUUGGGAGAUUGCCAGUUCUCACUGCCCUUUCCACCAAUACUUGGGCCGUGUGUUAAGCUCCCCGGAGGCACUACCCUGGAUCCUGUUGACCCUUAAAGUGGCAUGCACAUGGAGACAUCUCCUUAGGAAGAUCUUAACCAAAUCCCUGCAUCUGUUUUUUUGUCUUUCUCAAAUUGGAUAACUGGCCUGACUUUUUUUGUUGGAAAGCAACAAUAACUACUGGAAGAGUGAAGGAGACGAGAGCUGGUGGUGAAAACGACUCUCGGCGGUCUCGUACGCUGCGAGUGUGUGAACUACCGGGAACUAGAAAGAGAGUGACAGGCAAUCGCAGACUGGAGCCACAGUUCUGUCCGCCGGGAGCUGCGGGUGGAGACUGCAGCACGUUCCUCCCGGGCGGGAGUCAGAAUCACACUCAAGCACACAGAGACUGAUGAUGAGGAGAAGAAAAAGGAGGGAGUGGCGUCUGAACAGACGGCUCUUCUUCGCUGAGCAGCACAGAUGAGCGCAGCCUGUCAGUCAGUCAAUCAGUUUGAACCCGUUCUCCUUCUCCUUUUGGCUCUUUGCUCCUUCACUGUUGUCUGGAGGCAGAAGAAGAGGAAGUAGCUCCCACAGGAGAGGCGUGGGUUUCUUACCAGUCAACAGGAUGCACCUGGUUGUAGAACCUAUUCAGGAGGCCAUGAUGAAGAUGCUACCAUAUUUUGUGGAGAACGCUGUGCUGACCCAGAGUGAAAUAAACCGCAUCCUGAGUGAGAGCUUCUUCAUGGUGAAGGGUGCUGCGCUCUUCCUGCAGCAGGGGAGCAGUCAGCAGGACCAGAAAGCACAUCCCCACCACAAACACGCAGGCGACUUACCUCAACACUUGCAGGUGAUGAUAAACAUCCUUCGCUCGGAAGACCGAAUCAAACUGGCGGUGCGCCUAGAGAGUGCAUGGACGGAGCAUGUGCGGUACAUGGUGGUGGUGUACACCAGUGGGCGACAAGACACAGAGGAGAACAUCCUACUGGGGAUCGACUUUACCACCAAAGACUGCAAAAGCUGUUCGAUCGGGAUGGCGCUACCGCUGUGGAGUGACACAAAGAUCCAUCUGGAUGGAGAUGGGGGCUUUACUGUGAACACGGCAAGUCGGACCCAUGUCUUCAAACCCGUGUCAGUGCAGGCUAUGUGGUCAGCGCUGCAGGUGCUGCACAAGGUGUGCGAGGUGUCCCGCAGGUACAACUACUUCCCUGGAGGCAUGGCGCUCACCUGGAUGGGCUACUAUGAGAGCUGCAUUGCUUCAGACCAGAGCUCCAUAAACGAGUGGAACGCCAUGAAGGACUUGGAGAGCACACGGCCUGACUCACCCACCAUGUUUGUGGACAAGCCUUCAGAGAGAGAGAGGACAGGGUGCCUUAUUAAAGCCAAACUCAGAAGCAUCAUGACAUGCCAGGACCUCGCAAAUGUCACCUGCAAACAGAUCCGUACAGAGCUGGAACAACACAUGAGCUGUAACCUGAAGGAGUACAAAGAGUUCAUCGACAAUGAGAUGCUGCUCAUCCUGGGUCAGAUGGACAAAGCCACACUAAUCUUUGAUCAUGUCUACCUGGGAUCGGAAUGGAAUGCUUCUAAUUUGGAGGAGCUGCAAGAGUCGGGGGUUGGCUACAUCCUCAACGUUACCAGGGAGAUAGACAACUUCUUUCAAGGCACAUUCAGCUAUCACAACAUACGCGUCUAUGACGAAGACGCCACUGACCUGCUGGCCUACUGGAAUGAGACGUACAACUUCAUUGUCAAAGCAAAAAAGAAUAGCUCCAAGUGUCUGGUUCACUGCAAGAUGGGUGUGAGCCGGUCUGCCUCCACCGUCAUCGCUUACGCCAUGAAGGAGUUUGGCUGGUCGCUAGAGAAGGCUUACAACUUUGUCAAGCAAAAGAGGAGCAUCACAAGACCCAACGCAGGCUUCAUGAGGCAGCUGGCCGAGUACGAGGGCAUCUUGGAUGCUAGUAAACAGCGUCACAACAAGCUUUGGCAUCCAGAUGCGGACUGUGAGAUGGCAGAGGGGCAGCAGGCCCAGUGUUGUGGAGGGGAGGGUGGCAGCCACCCAACUCCAGAGCCGGGGAUGUCUCCCUGCUGUGGUGAGGCGCUAUCUGAUAAAGGGGCUGCGUGUCCCUCCCCGCGCAGGGCGGUUGCACUGGAGAUCGACCCCGCCUACAACAGCUACUAUUUCCGCCGACUCUCUGACUCGGCACUGGACAGCGAACCAUCAACACCUGUGCGUGGUCCUCCGCUCAUCGGGAUGGAAAAGGUCUUUAUAGAAAUAGAGGAUGUGGAGCGGGACGCUCUGCUGGAUGAUGAGUCCUUUGAUGGGCCUGAAGGCCCGUCGCUCCCACAGCGUGGACCCUCAGCGGAGGGGGCUGCAGCCCAGACAGGCUCUCGGGGCCCUGAGCCCCUGGAGGAGCUACGUCUGAGGCUGGAGUUCAGCACAGUUGAGGAGGAAGAUGAGGAGGAGGUGCAAAAGGAAGAGGCUGAGAUGGAGGUGCUCAUGCAACCAGAUGAUGGGGGGGGUGGGGUACGAUGCGGAAGAGAGGAAGCGCAAAAUGUGGAGGUCGAAGGGGAUCCAGAGGCUAAUGGGAUGGAUCUGGCAAGCCUAAAUGAAAACUCCAACAAUAACAACCAUUUUUGCACUCUAUUUAGCCUCAAUGAAAAAGGUCCCCCCCUUCCUCCUCGAGUUGAUGCUAAGUCCGAAAUGAAAGAAGACGUUCCACCCCUUGUUUCUACGCUUUGCCUUAACCCCAGUCCUCCUGACGUUCCAACUGCUUCGUUCCCACUGUCCCAUACCUCCUCUGAAGUCCUCACAUUUUCAGGAGUACUGCUCUGCUCCUGUGGCCUUCUGUGUGACUGUGCCAGCUGUGCUGAUAUCCCGCCCACAGCUCUACUUGACAGAGAGGAGCAGCCAGCAGACUCACUGAAGAACGGCGAUGGUUUAGUGGAAGUCAAGAUUAAGAGUCAGAAAGGCACAGGUAGUGCAGCUUCCUCUGAGGCGCUCCCUGAGCUGGUGAGAAUGGACUCGGAGGAAGAGAAGCUUGCGGUGGCUCGCCACCUUAGCCAACAGCAGGAACACCUGUUGCAGCUGCAGAGGUCUGGACUGGUCCGACAACGUGCAGAGAGACUAGAGAGACUUUCAGGUUUCACCCAGGAGACCUCGCUCUCUGCAAAGCCUUUGCACGCGUGCCAAAGUUCCAUGAACAUAAAGGAGGAAGAGAAGUGCUCCGGCUUCACCGAAGACGACCCUAAAGCCUCUACGCCGCGCCGAGUGUGGUUGGAGCCACUGGCGGUGCCACUGACCAAUGAAGCCUUGCUAGGGGUGGUGGGCUCCGGGUUGCUCACGCCCACCUCCUCGCCUCACGGCUCCACGCUGACGCGAAGCUCCAGCAGCGACAGCCUGCGCAGCGUGAAGGGGAAGCCCGGCCUCGUGCGCCAGAGGGCGCAGGAGAUCGAGACUCGCAUGCGCCUGGCGGGCUUGACCGUGCCGUCGAGCCUGAAGCGGUCCAACUCGCUGGCCAAGUUGGACAGCCUCAACCUCUCCUCGGAGGACCUGUGUUCAGCCUGUUCCUCGGACGCAGGAACGCUGCUGCUCCUCUCACUGUCCCCUGAGCCGGUCCCGGGUCUGGAUUGGGACUCCCCCACCACCUCGGCCCUGCACACUCCAGAGAGAGGGCAGCCAGGUGAGCCCAGAAGCUGACCCAUCAAAUGGAGGACAUUUACGCUCCACACAUCCGCUCACUUGUCACCCUGCGUUGCUGGGUAGUAGAGUCAAAGGAAACUAAUGAAAACAAUAAACAAAAAACCCAAUGUUUUUACAGUGGACUCUCUUCUUUGCCACCUUGUUUCUCAAACUGCUGUUCACAGCGAUGGAAGCUAUUUUGCUGUAUCUGACAAGUGUGUAAAGCCAUCAGUUCACCUCUCACUUUGUUUGAUUCAUGCAAAAACAAGUGCCUUACCAAUGAGACCAGGGGCACAGAGCUGUGUGUUGGACUGCAUGGCGAUACAGUACAAGGCGCUCUAUAACCUUUAACUUUACAGCUGUUAGAACCGGGUAUUUACCUAAUCAUGGUAUCCAAAAUGAUUUUGAUCUGUCUUUUACAAAGUUGUAGCCUAUGUGUGCAAACUUCCCUCGAUGGAAGUUGACCAAAAGCAAAGUGUUGAUAAAUGUAGAGUGGACCUGUAUGUUUUAGAUGCUAGCCGGUUUAAAUAAUGGUUACCUCAUGUUGCAUUCAUGGAGCUCUUUCUCGGGCUAGAGCUUAAACAACUGUUAAUUUGCUGAUGUCCAAUUAAAGUGAGUGAAUUUUGAGGUGUAUGAUGAUGCGUGAAUGUGUGACUAUGUGAGUGUGCGUGAGUGGAAUCAAAGAGAGAAGGUUGUGACUUUGUUUUGCCAGAGGCAUGCUCACUGUUUUUAACAAACUGAAGAGAAACAAAUGAGUUUGUUGGUCUUUUGCACUGCUUUUUUUUAUCUUGAGUGGACACAAGUAGGCUUUCUUCCAAAAUAACAUCAGAGUUAUGUUAUUGACCUCGUCAUUCCCUACCUACAGUGCUGCUGGGAGAGCAGAGUGAGGAGCUAUGUUGCAUGGCGUGAAAGGAACUGAAGAUUUAUAGCAGUCAAAUCAUCUGAUAAAAUAUGAACAUGAAACAUUUUACAUCCAAAACUUCCGUUACCUUACGUUUGCUCCACCUUGAGAAUUGCUAACAUUUUAAACUCAUUUGUUGUUUUUUUUAAAUGUAAAUGACCAAAGUUCUUCGGCUGUCUCAAAAAAUUGAAAACACUAUUGAAGGUGUACAAAAUAUGUGCAUUAUACACAUAUCAUGCAUACAAAUCCUUUUGCAUCUUUUGGGAGAAUUGAAAGCCACUCUGUGGUCCACAGGCUCAUAGCUGUUAAGUUUUUAUGCUUAAAUCAUCAGUCUGAAGGCUGUUGUGACACGAUCACAAUCAGUUACUUCACAGUUUUGUAACCAUUUUCCUUUUAUAUUUAAGUAUGCAGUAACUUUUCUACUGUACAAUGCUGUAGUUUGAAUGCAUAUUGCACUUUUUAUGUUGGUCAAAAUAAUGUACUGUAUUUGUUCAUUAUGGAAAUAAACACUUGUUUUACAUAAUAAACCAUGGACCUGC